AUUAAUAUAGACAAGACGAAGGUAAUGGUGGUUAGUAGAACAUGAAAUAUGCUAUUAAAUAUAAGAGUAAACAAUAAGAACAUCCAAAAAGUCCCCAAGUUUAGAUAUCUCGGUAGUUGGAUAACUGAAGAUCUAGAUCCAAACAUAGAGAUACGUAGCAGGAUUGAGCAAGCCAGAACAGCAUUUACUAAUAUGAGAACCUUUCUAAGCAACAGCAGCCUUAACUUAACGCUUCGAUAUCGCUUUGUAAAAUGUUACAUUUACUCCAUACUGCUAUAUGGUGUAGAAACCUGGACCAUAAAGGCCAAUGUGAUUAACCGAUUGGAAGCCUUUGAAAUGUGGGUAUUUAGAAGACUACUUAAAAUUCCCUGGACAGAUCACACAACAAAUGUCGAAGUAUUAAAUCGAAUGGACAGAGAACGAGAAUUGCUGCCAAUA